AUUACAAUUCAAUGCUGGCAUGUGCAGAGGCUAUGCAGAAACCCAUGAAGGAGAUGAUUCCAAUAUAUGUGUCGCUUGCCCAGACGUAUGCUGAUGACAAACAAUUCACUCAAGCUAUCGAAUAUUACAACAAGGAACUGAUCUGUCGUAAGGAUGAUCAGGAACAGAUGUGUCGUACUUGGCUGAAUAUUGCGGACUGUCAGGAGCAGCGGGGAGACAAAUAUGCAGUUGUAAGUGACUCUCUUGUCAAAGGCUUCCACUGUGCCAAAGAAGCCAAACAUAGGAGAUUGCAGGUGCAUGUUUUAAAGACUUUGUUAGAAGUCCAGAAGGCUUAUAAACAGUCUACCAAACAAGUAGAAGAGAAAUGUCAGCACCUUAAAGAGAAGUAUGAUGUGAGCAGCGACCUUUCUGAAGAAGAGAAUCAGGAUUCACAAGGAUCUGAUGAUGACAACAUAAGCAUUGACCAAUUGACAGAGUCAGAAAAAAGUUCUGAUGAUGAAGAAAAAGUAAACCGAGUAAGCAUGCCAGUCCGUGGUAUAGCCAAGAGAGUUACCACAAAGAGAAAUGAAAAGGGUGAAACCCCAUUACAUCGGGCAUGCAUUGAAGGAAAUCUGAAAAAAGUCCAGAAGCUUAUUGAACAGGGGCACCCAGUGAAUCCUCGAGAUUACUGUGGCUGGACUCCACUCCAUGAGGCGGCCAAUCAUGAUCACUGUGAGGUUGUUGGCUUCCUCUUGGAACAUGGUGCGGCAGUGAACGAUCGUGGAGGACAACAUUGUGGCGGAGUUACACCUCUUAUAGAUGCAGCAAACUGUGGUAACCUAGAAGUGAUGAGGGUCCUGAUUACACACAAGGCCAACACACUGGCCAAGGAUGAUGAGGGUAACACAGCACUGUCAUGUCUCAGACAGUGGCGUGAGAGGUGUGACAGUGCCUUGGAGAGUCAUGAACUGGUGGCUUAUGAAGAGCUACACCAGUUGCUGAGUUCAUGUGUUGGAGAAAGAGUGACAGCAGCUAGUAGAUCUACGAAGGAUUUGUCCUUGGAGUUGCCUGAUCUGUUGGGGAGGAGUAAAGCUCAGAGAAGUACUUCACCAGAGAUGGGUUCCCUCAGUAGACCAGCCCGCACAAAGAAGAAAAGGAGCUUUAACAUGAGGAGAACGAUGUUGUCCGACGAUUCUGGUGAUAGUGAUACAGAAAAUGAUGGAAGGAAUAAGACAUCUCCACCACCACUGGAAGAGGAUGAUAGUGAGGAAAUGUACCCUAACCCUUUAUCACAAGUUCCAGAAACAUCUAAUGCCACUCAGUCCUACAGACAGGCUAUCUAUCAGGUAGGGAGCAGUGCUAUACGGCGCAAGACACCACAGCCAUCGAACUCAAGUCAAACUCCACGACAAAGCAAAGACUCAACAGCCUUGAUUUCUGUAGAGGAAUUCGUGGACGAUGAUUGGUUAAUUGAUGAUCUUCAACCAAUGAAACGAAGGAGGAUUGAUAUUGAUAAAGUAUUUUCUACAAAUGGUACAAGAAACAAGAGUUCAAUAAAGGAGAAAAGAAAUGUUAUAGACUCUGAGAGUGAAGAGGAAACUAGAGUAGAUGAUACAGAGGAUACUGGUUUGACUGUUACUCAAAGCAUGCCAAAUGUUAGUUUAGACACAAACAUGAAGAACUCGAAUGAUAAUGAUGACUUAAUACUGCUGAAUGAGGAUUUCUCUGAUGAGUUACCGCCCCUUACAUUGUCAACUUCUCGGGUUAGUAGAACUAAUGUACUCUCACCUAUGCCUGAUCAGUCCACGGAAGCAAACACACGUUCUUUGGCUAGUAAACCAAGACAAAUGAGGAUGACUCAAUUUGCAAUUCGACAUACAGACAGCUCACAAUCCAGCAUUCCACCAGAGGUAAACUCUCAGACGAAUGGGGUCAGUUUGACAACCCCAGGUCAGGUCAUGAGGGUCAAGGUCAGAGUCAAGGACAAACUCCUACUUGUGCCAGCUCCUAAUGGUGGGGAAGGAAAGUCUAUUGGAUGGUUAGCUCAGGAGUCGUCCCAGAGAUAUUACAGUCUUUGUGGUCUACGUCCCUUUCUCACUCUCACAACAAAGGACGGAGCUUUCCUCGCUCCUGAUGACCCCAUCAGUCUUGUCCUGUCAGCAGAUGAGGAGGUCCAAGGGAGAGUUGAUAAUUGGGAUAUGCCCCCCUUAUCCCAGCGGUAUGACCAGGCAUGCAGAACACUUCAGGCUGUGAGUUACAGAAAUGUGAGGACCAUCCUACAAGCCUGUGAUACAGGGGGUAAUCUAGAACUACAGAAUUUGGCUCUGAGUCCAGCCCAAGUCCUCCCAGUGUUCAGAGCUAUUCAAUGUCAGUCUAACCUCAAAGAUCUCAAUCUUACAGGUAACCGUGUUGGAGAUGCUGGGUUGGAGGGACUUUUGAGUGUGCUGGCUUCACUUCCCAAUCUUACCUCUCUUUGUCUGGCUGGAAACAGAAUCACUAGUGUAGGCAUCAAACAUCUGGGAGAUACACUGACAGGGACUACUGGACCUAUCCUACAGAAUCUGAACGUCCUGGACCUGAGCCACAAUUCCUUGGGGGAUACAAGCUGUCAGUCUCUAGCCACUAUUGUAGCACAUCUACCCAACAUCACCAACCUUUACCUUUCCUCUUGUGACCUCACUGCCAAAUUUUUCCAGCAGCAUCGGAUCACCUUGGCAACAGCCCUUCAGAAAUGUGACCUGCAGUGCCUAGAUGUUUCCUAUAACAAGUUUGGAGCCCUGGGUAUAGAACUGCUGCUGAUGAGUCUCAAUGCGACCAGACUUACCCAGCUCACUGUUGCAGGAAACAUGGCCACUACUAGCGCAUCUACACAUCUUCUACUGCACCUGCAGAACUACCUGUCACAGGAGAAUUGUGCCCUGGAAGAGUUGGAUAUUUCAAGUUCUCAUAUCUGCGCUGAAGAUUUGGACUUCAUUGUUAGAAUACUGGAAUCUGGUAAUUGCCUGAAGAGUUUGCAACUCUCUGGGAAUCCCAAGCUAACCAAUUCAGUUGUUCGUCGAAUUCUGGAGAAGUCCUGUCAGAAUGGCACCAUACUGGACAAAUUGAUUGUAGAGGGAUGUGGUCUGAAGUCUCCUUUGGACACGCCUUUUCUUGAUGCUAUCUCGGAUAAGCUAGCAACAUCUCAUCCCCUCCGUACACUUGGCUUCACAUGUGUAGGAUUGGACAAAGUCGACACUGAUAGCUUAGCCCAGAUCUGGUUGGAGCAGUGGAAAGACAUUGGUAAAGUGGAUGUCAACGAUUUGUCAGUUAAACUUUGGGUCUUAGAUGUGUGAGACAUUGUAAACCAUCAAUUUCCUAGUGUCAUUCCUUGUAUGUCACUGUUAAUUGUGAUGCGGAGGUAGGAUAAAGACAAUCUGUGAACCAUAAUUUCUUGCGAAUUGCAGGAAAUACCUUAUUCAAUUUCGAAAAUCUUCUUCUCAAGAUGGCUGGAGGGAUGGGGCCCAGUAAGGGAAGUUGAGGUUAAUCCUUUAAAUCCCUACUAGUGCUGAACGCUUGAAUGGAUUUUGAUGAAAUUUAGUCUGGAGCAUUAUUGAGGAAAGGGGAUGAUGUCAUCUGGUUGUAUAUUUGUUUACUUGUGUGUUUGAAGAUAAAAUGACAGAAACAAUUUGUGAUUAUUGUCAGUUUAAUAUAAAUAAACAUGCUGUGAUGUAAUAGUAAACAAUGAAAUGAAACAACAUCUACUGAUCGUGACAGAAACUAUUAUUUACAGUUAUUCCAAUCUAUUCUACUCCAGAACUGUUCUCCAUGUUUGUUUUGUUCACAAAUCACACCACAUAACUUAAUAAUUUGCAUAACAUUAAAAAGAUCACCCAUCCAUGAAGACCUCUGGUAAUGUAGAAAUCUUUUACAAAAAGAACCUAGAUAAAAGGUGCUAAUUUACGGUCUGUUAAUCAGUCGUACAAUUAACUGAAAGGUA